AUGGCCCCCCAGACGUCCAACGCGACGUACGACUACACCCCGACCCCAGCAGCAUCGCCCGCUGCAGGCGCGCAAGCGCCAGGUAACCGCGAGUAUGUGUCCCUCUACACUGAGCACGUCCACGUGGAGCUCUUGGGCAUCAACAAACACAAGUCCAGCGGCAUCCGCGUCGCCAUCGCAGACGGCGCGAGCCUCCGUUUCCGGGCCGAGCGCAAGAUACAUGGACUCACCACGUUGUGGAAAGACGCCGUUGCCGUCCACGACCUCUCACCAGCACCUCUUGGAGUUCAGACCGCCCAGUGCGGUUUCACACGAGCGUUCAGCCAGGGGGGCCCCAAUCCGAGCUGGGCGCACGUGCGCGUGGCUUUCGGACUGAACCCGCGCACCGCCGCCGCCGCCCACAAGCACGUCAUCCAGCUCACCGCGGACACUCCCACGCACAGCUACUUCGAGGCCGACUUUAAGGCCCCUGCGAAUGAGAAACAGUCGAGCUUCAAGAUCACUUCAGCCAAAACCAACAACCGCCUCAGCCGCACCAGGCAGUUCAAGAUGAUGGACGGCACCGACAAGACAGUCAAGGAGCUUCACAACUUCUGUUCCUUGGUUGCGAAUAACGUCCCGGACAAGUUGCUCACCCCGCUGCUCAACCUCCACAAAAAGUACCCUCAGUUCAUCACGUGGGCCUCGUACGCGCCGAACACGCCCACGCAGGACACCGUGCCGUCAGCGCGCCCUUCGCCCACGGCAGAGCCCAGCGGGCCCCGCAAGCGCCCUGCAGCGGCGACGCCGACAGCCCCGGUGGCCAAGAAGCCAGCGAAGAUGUCCAAGAAGUAA